CCCGCGGUCCCCAGGAGCCGACUUCCGGAACUCCGGUCGCUUAGCCGCGAUGAGGCAGAAGUACUACCUGGAGGCGGCGGCGUGGAAUCUACGCGAGAGCUGCCCGGGCCAGGCCCGCUACCUCCUCUGGGCCUACAGCUCUGCUCACGAUAAUAGCACCUUUGAAGGAACGUGUCCAUACUGUUUCCAGUUGUUGGUUCUGGAUAAUGCUCGAGUGCGCCUCAAACCCAAGGCCAAAUUGACACCCAAAAUACAGAAACUUCUUAAUCAACAAGCAAGAAAUUAUGCACUCAGUUUCAAAGAAGCAAAAAUUCUAAAGAAGUACAAGGAUUCCAAAAGUGUAUUGUUGAUUACUUGCAAAACAUGCAAUAGAACAGUUAAGCAUCCUGGUAAAAGUAGAAGCUUUCUGUCAGCAUUGAAGAGCGAUCCUACUACACCUGCCAGUAAAGUCAGCCUGAAGGGGCUAGAGAAAACUCCACAUUCUGCAAACCAAAAUCAUGGUGUAACUGGUUCUACAAGCAAAAGCCCAGCAUUGACUUUCAGAACACCUGUAUCUGGACAGUCAACACCCAUUUGCUCCACAAGGAAUAUGAACAAAAGAAAGAAACACUUCUCUCAACUGAAAAUGCUGCUUAGUCAAAGCGAAUCCCAAGAUAUUCCAAAGGCGGACUUCAGAAAUUUCUUAUCUUCUCUGUGAAGAGGAAACUUUGAAAAAAAGAAACAUCUAGUCUAAUUCCUGAAACUAAAGUUAGUAAACAACCUUUUGUACUUUUACUCUUUAGAUUUAUGGAAACUCAGUCCAAGGACAAACUUCCUGGCAGCCCUAAGUAUUUAUGGGGAGCAUGUAUCAUUUGAUUGAAGAACUAAAACCCCAGAGGUGGUUAUGAGGACCAAAAAAUAUAGCAAAGGAUAGGUGGAUGUUGAAUAUUAUUAUUUUCUUCUCCUUAUGUUUUUGCAGUUUCCAUUAUUGAUGUCAUUUUCUUCCAAAAGGAAAUUGAGACUUUACUGAAAAUGUCUUUUACCCCUGAAGGGUUCUUCCAUAUGUCAGUAAUUUUAUUGCUAAUUCAGAAAAGGGGCCAACUAUGUCCAUGCACAUAACUAUAGUAAAAUUUAUAUAAAUAAAACCUAUUUAUCCCA